AUGGUAAAUGUAAUUAUUGAUAAAACUAAGAAAAAGGAUCUACUCUUACCAGCAAUGUUUGGUAACCUACAAAAAAGUAAUAUCCCAGAAUAUACCAUUAUAGUUGAUGGAACCAAAAUCAAACAAGUUCACAGUUUCAACUGUCUAGGCUCAUUGAUCACAUUAGAUGUGUGGCUUUUGGUGUUAAGUUCAUGGUUCACGGUGGUAGCUUUAGAAGACAGUGACAUUUACGCAUCCUACACAACAUUUAAUGAAAGUGUUAACUUUACACAUUUGGUAGUGGAUCCUCAAUCUGGGCGUGUUUAUGUGGGUGCAACGAACUGGUUAUAUCAGUUUAGCAGCUUUCUUGUCAUGGAAGCUGAAUUAGAAACUGGACCUGUAAUGGACAACAUUAAUUGUUCCCCAACAGACUGUACUAAAUUGAAAAAAGUGGCCACGACUAACUUCAACAAAGUUCUAGUCAUUGACGACAAAACUGGGAUGCUGAUUGUUUGUGGAAGUGUCCAACAGGGAGCAUGUCGUCGCCAUCAUUUAAAAAAUAUUUCAAAUUCUGAAGAUCUCAUUCCGGUUCCUAUAGCUGCCAACGAUGCAAAUUCUUCAACUUACGCCUUCAUUGGUCCAGCUGGUUAUCUUGGGCAUAUUUCUCGGGUUCUCUAUAUAGCCACCACCAACAGUCGCUUAGGGCCCUACCGAGAUAUGAUUCCAGCAAUUACUAGUCGCAGUUUGGACGACGACCCAGGCCGAAUCUUUGGAAUCAUUGAAAAGUCUUUCUCUACCAUAGCUCGUGUGGAUAUCAGCUCUCACCUUAGAGAUUACUAUUUAGUUAAUUACAUCUAUGGGUUUUUCUCAGAAAAUUUUGUCUACUUUGCAACGGUCCAGAGAAAAUCUCAUUUGAGGGCACUUGAGGAAUGCGGUUACGUCACAAGGUUGGCACGAGUUUGUAUAUCAGAUGCUAGUUAUAAUACUUAUACGGAAUUAACGUUACAGUGUAUUGGAGAAGAUGGUAUUGAUUACAAUAGUCUUCAAGAUGCCAGCGUUGUUGCAGCAGAGGCUAACCUAGCCGAAACUCUUCAAAUUCCUAGAGGAAGUAAUGUUUUAGUCGGUGUAUUUGCCCAGAGUGUUGCUGACCACACUUCAAGACCUUCCCGAAGGUCAGCCAUUUGCAUAUUUUCUCUGGAAGCAAUAGAUAAGCAUUUUACUGAAAAUAUACGUAUGUGUUAUAAUGGGAGUGUGACCUCUCGUAAUAUGGAUUACAUCGCUGGAAGCAUCAAGGACUGCCCAGAACCAGGAAAACGAGACCAAGUUUUUGACUUUUGUAAAGAAGCCCUGAAAAUCAAUGGCUCGGUAUCCUUGAUGAGAACCGCUGUUAUUAUAAACACAAAUACCACAUACAGCGCAAUAACUACCACCACAACAGCUCGCCACACAGUAGCGUUUGUGGGAACUAGUGAUGGCCAUCUUAAAAAGGUGCUCCUCAACAGUAAUGAGACAGCUGAAGAAUUUGAAGAAGUUGUGGUCGAUGCUGGAAAUCCCAUCAUUGCAGACAUCCAUCUAGAUCCCAGUAGAAAAUUUGUUUAUGCUGCUUCUCCUUAUACAGUGAGUAAAGUGGUGAUUGAAAGGUGUCAACAAUACAGUACGUGUGAAGGGUGCUUACGGGCUAGAAAUCCCUAUUGUGGAUGGUGUUCCUUACAAAGAAGGUGUACGGUGAAAACGGAAUGCCAGAAUGCGACAAGAACCUUUGAACUCGGCUCAACACGGUGGCUGUCGUUAGACGCUCAAAAAUGUAUUGACGUCCAGUCUGUUAACCCAGAAGAGAUUUCUAUCGAUGCCAUGAUUGAGGUCAAUCUUAUUAUUAAUCAACUUCCCAAACUCCCUAACGAUGCCCACUACAUGUGCGUGUUUGGGAACAGCACACCCAUCAUUGCCAAUACCAAUGCUUCAGGCCUUUCUUGUGAGACCCCUGACUUAACAGAGCGACCGUUAAUACCAGCAGGCAGUGAUCGCGUUACUGUGGAUUUGGCAGUGCGUUCCAGUGAAACGAACACCGAUUUUCUUCAUAGACCAUUUACGUUUUACAACUGUAGUGCCCACAAUACGUGCUCAGGAUGUGUUAGCAGUUUUAGGGAGUGUAAUUGGUGUUUGUACCAGAACGCGUGUGUCUAUAACACCAGCUUCUGUCUGGGUGACAUUGUCAUAGGAGAAACUAACGACAGUAACAACAUUAACUCAACAAAACUACAGGAUUACCAACAAUGCCCCAUGCUUGAUGUGAAAGAAGAAAUAUUGCUACCUGAUGGAGAAAACUGUAGAAUUGAAAUGGAUAUUAAGCAUUUCCCAACUUCUAUGCAUGAUCUCCAGUGUGUUAUUGAAAUUGAAGGAAGGAGAGAAGUGGUAGGAGCAGAAGUAAUUGGCAGUAGAAUUGUUUGUUCAGAAACACUAUGCACUUAUAAGACCCAACUUGGAGAAAUGAAGGCUAAUCUAGCAGUGAUGUGGCAUGGGAAGGACUUGAUAGACGAAACAACAGUUACAAUGUACAAAUGUAAUCUUCUUGCUGACCACGAUAACCAAUCAGACUGCUCUCUAUGCCUUACCCGUGAUCCUAAGUACAAGUGCGUCUGGUGUAUGAACUCGUGUAGGCUUCACAGUAAUUGUCCCAGUCACAACAUGACCAAGACUUGCCCUCCACCAAGGAUUGGUCAGAUAUACCCAAUCUCAGGUCCAGUACAAGGAGGCACUCUAGUGACUAUUAAAGGUAAUAACUUGGGAACAAGCAGAGAAAAUAUCCAAGAUAAAAUCACAAUUGGUGGGAUCCCUUGCCAUCUGGUGGAAUAUGAUGUGUCUGUUAGAAUAGUGUGCCGAACUGGUGCGAGUAAUGCCACUGAUGCUGAGGUUAUUGUUGGUAACAAUGUGGGAUUAACCAGAGCCAAUGAAAGGUUCUCAUAUAAGGUUAUUAGUUUAACCAGCAUAUAUCCGAAUGUUGGGCCUCAGUCAGGAGGUACACAUCUCUAUUUGAAGGGAUCAAACCUUAAUAUUGGAAGCAGAAUGGAAAUUUUCUUGGACAAUAUACCUUGUAAGAUUGAAAGGACUUUGGCAAAUGGCAGUCAAGUCAGUUGUUACACCACUAGAGCUCCCUAUGCUUGGUACAAUGUGACUCAACUGAUCCUUCAAGUGGACAAUGCUACUCUUACCCUUCCAAAUCCUUUUCACUACACAAAAGACCCAAGAAUUCUACGUAUCAAUCCUCUGAAGAGCUUUGUUAGUGGUGGAAGAAAUAUCAGUGUUGAUGGAGAAUUUUUAUCCUACAUUCAGAAACCAUGGAUGAUUGUGUUCAAAGAUAACAUUCUGCUCAAUAAAACGCUGUGUACAGUGCAUAGCCACAGCCAGAUGGUAUGUCCAUCUCCAGCCAUUAACAGAGAGAUUGAAGGUAUUCUUGCUAGGCAGGACAAUAACAGUAUGAAGUUCACUGACAAGCUGAAAUACAGAAUUGGCUUUGAAAUGGAUAAUGUGAAAAGUGUGUUAAAGUUGCAGGAAAACUUUCCAGCCCUUCACUCAAAUAUAGCCUAUGUUGCUGAUCCAGAGUUGUUUAGUUUCCAGAAUGGUGGCAUUAAACAGUAUAAAGGAGAAUCGUUAGUAAUUGAGGGAAAGAAUCUUAUAUUGGCUGCUACUGAAGCAGAAGUCAGAGUGACUGUUGGAACCCAAGUAUGUAAUCUGACGUCGUUGGCUAUGACUCAAUUAGUCUGUUUACCUCCACAAGACCAACCACCUAUCAGCAGUGAGCAAAGAACAGAUACUGAUCUCCCUCUGGUUGUAGUGCAUAUUGGGUCUAACUUGCAAUAUGACAUUGGGUACCUCCACUAUGAGGUGACCAAGCCAUAUGAAUUUCCAACAGAAGCUAUCUGGGGUAUUACUACAGGAGGUGGGUUGCUCGUGGUCUUUAGUGUCGUAAUACUUAUCUUAUUACGACACAAACAUUCUCAAGCAGAGCAAGAAUACAAGCGUAUUCAACUACAGAUGGACACUUUAGAAAACAGUGUGCGAUCUGAGUGUAAGCAAGCUUUUGCAGAGCUUCAGACGAACAUUUCUGAUAUUAGUAAUGACCUUCAAGCCUCGGGAAUCCCAGUUCUAGACCAUAGAACAUUUGUUAUGAAGGUGUUUUUUCCUGGUAUUUGUGACCACCCUGUGUUAGAGGAUAAGGUGACAACCAAUGGCUUUAUAGGUAAUCGUGGAGAGGCUAUGAACCACUUUCAGCAACUAUUAUACGACAAAACAUUCCUUAUCUUAUUUAUUAAUACUUUAGAAUCACAAAGAACCUUUAACAUAAAACAAAGAGUUAAUGUUGCAUCUCUGCUGAUGAUAAUUUUAAUGGAGAAGAUGGAUUAUGCUACUGAUGUUCUGAAAACACUUCUUAAGCAGUUGGUAGAGAAGUCAGUCACCACAAAACACCCACAACUGAUGUUGAGAAGGACAGAAUCAGUUGUAGAAAAAAUGCUUACAAAUUGGAUGGCAUUAAACAUGUAUGAUUAUUUAAAGGAAUGGGCAAGUAAAAGUCUCUUUUUACUUUUCUGUGCUGUGAAACACCAAGUUGAAAAAGGUCCAGUUGAUGCAGUGACAAGCGAUGCUCGCUAUUCUUUGUCUGAACAAAGAUUGUUACAAGAUCACAUUGAAUAUUCUACUGUGAUAGUCCAUUUAGUUAAAGAUAAUUACGAUGAAAACAUCCAGAUAAAUGUGAAUGACUGUGAUACCAUAAAUCAAGUGAAGGCUAAAAUAUUGGAUGCUCUGUAUAAGAACACACCAUUCUCUCUACGUCCAUCCAUUUAUGAUGUUGAUUUAGAAUGGAAAUAUGAGCGUGGUGGUCACUUAACUUUGGCUGAUGAAGACCUAACCACUAAAACUUGUGGCACAUGGCGACGGAUUAACACAUUGAGGCAUUAUGGCGUAAAAGAUUUUGCUGUUAUGAAUUUAGUUACCAAAGAAAAAAGCUUCAGUUCCAAUAGUAUAGAAAAUACUUCGAUAAGCUCUAUAACUCCAGUCAUCAAAACUUCAGGUGUGGAACAAGGUAUCAGAUACUGGCAUCUAGUCAAGCUCAUCGAUGACCACAUGGAUCAGCAGAAUGAUCAUAGUUACAUAACCAUAAGACCCGAGAUUUUCCUCACAAGGUUAUUGUCUACCAAGGGAACUGUACAGAGAUUUGUUGAUGAUUUCCUGUCAACAGUAUUAACUGUUUGUGAUGACUUUCCUCCUGCUGUGAAAUGGCUGUUUGAUCUUCUAGAUACCACUGCAGUUCAACAUGAUAUAACUGACCCUGAAGUUGUUCAUGCAUGGAAAAGUAAUUGUCUAACUCUGAGGUUUUGGGUAAAUUUCAUCAAAAAUCCAGAUUUUAUUCUAGACAUCAAUAAAACUCCACUAUUAGAUUCCUGUUUCUCAGUCAUCGCUCAGGCACUCAUGGAUGCAUGUUCUACAUAUGAACAUAGACUUGGAAAGGACUCCCCAUCAAAUAAGCUGUUGUUCGCUAAAGAUAUUCUUUCUUACAAAAAAAUGGUAACAAAAUUCUAUGAAGAGGUGGCACUCUUACCCAUUAUCCCUGAACAGGAGGCCAUUGCCAGUAUGCAGAAGCUUUCACUGGCACACUGUGGAGAAUUCAACAGUAUCAAUGCUGUGAAAGAACUCUAUAACUAUGCUGAAAAGAACAUCAAAGAGGUUUCUCAGGCCCUAAGAGCCAAUCCUCAGUGUAAUACAUCAAACCUAGUAAAGAAAUUUGAAAUGGCGAUGUGCACUUUACAAGGAGAAGAAGAUCCUAUGUGUUGAAGAGAACAAGUAAAAUAAAAGUUUAUUAAAGGGUGCUUAAACAAACCGAGCUUAAAAACUUUUUUUGUGUGCAUCAUUUGGGAUUUGUGUGUGAAAUCACCAUCAUCAUUCCAGUUAUAUUAAGGGCAAAUUGUGCAAGCUAUAAUCAAACAUAAGUGAGGUUAUACUGAAAUAAUGAACAAUAGUGAGAAAUCAAAAUGUAACCAAAAGAUGUAUAUUGUGCUCCUAUAUUUGUUAAUAUGUAAAAAGUGUUGGAAAAAAAAAUGAGCAUUAUAAUUCAUCAGCAACAUUCCAGAAGCUAAAAAAAAACAAAUACCAAAGAUUUAACCAAUAUAGUCUUUCUUUCUUAGUGAGACUACCAAUUCAGUGUUUUUUUUAUUAUUAUAAUGUACAUGCUCAUAAAAUUAUUACCAGUGCCUGUGGAACUGCCAAGAGCUUUCAUGGACCCUGGGGAAGUAUUGACAUGUGCCCCUCCCCCCUCUCAGUCAAUUGGUUUCCCCAUAGCUCCCUUCAGGCAUUAGGACCUGGGAAAAUUUCCCACCCUCUCUACUCUCUCUUUGUGCCUGUACUAAAACACAGGUUUUCUUAGUACGAUGAAAAUGGGAAAAAUGUUUGUAUACGUGUGGAACUAUAUAUAUACACCUGGAAAAAGUUAAGCACCCCCGUGUUUUUUCAAGUGAUUCAGAUUCGACG